CCACAUGUGUGAAAGUUAAUAUGCAUGCAUGGCUUUACUGUUGCGUUGCCACCCACACCCGCAGGAUCGAUUUUAGAAGGCAUUAUGUUGUCGUCGUUGAGGAGGAGUCGUGCAACAACAAAUGUCAUUUCCGGACAUUUGCAGGAGUAGAAGAUUAAUCAUGAAGAUUGCAGUAGUUGGCGCGACUGGUCAGACCGGGCAGCAGCUGCUGAAUCAGGCUCUGCAGCAAGGACACUCAGUCACUGCCCUCGUCAGAAACCCGGGGAAACUGACGGUAACGCACGAGAACCUCAAGGUGGUUGAAGCAGACAUUUUCUCAGAAGACAGCCUGAAACUGCACUUCAAAGGUCAGGAUGCUGUGUUGUCCUGUCUUGGCUUUCCAAUCUCAUUUUUUUAUGGAGUCACUGGCUACACUCAGUCUAUGAAGGCAGCAUUAAAUGCUAUGCGUGAAGUCAAAGUCAAUCGAAUCAUCACCAUGACCUCAUGGUACACUGACCCAAAUUCAGGCUCCAAUUCUUCCUUUCUCAUCCGCUUCAUGUUGCUUCCCAUGAUCAGAAGUGUUCUGAACAACAUGUAUGAAAUGGAAAGCUUUCUUAAGCAGACUGACGACAUCAACUGGACUGUUGUCCGGCCGCCUGGUCUCAAGAAUACACCAACAACAGCCAAUGAGUUCCUCACUCAUGAGGGUUAUUAUGUCCCUGAUGAAAAUGGUCUGCCAAUCGGCCAGUCUGUGUCAAGAGGAGAUGUGGCUCGUUUCAUGCUCUCUCUACUCAAUAACAAUGCUUGGAUGAAGAAAGCUGUUGCCAUCAUCACCAAAUGAGUUUGCACUUCACUUUUAUCAUUACAUUUAUAUCAUUUGCCAAAGAGCAUUUAAUUGUUUCAUUCAAAUUGAUAAAACAUUUUACAUUUGAACUUACAGUACUUAUUCAGUACGUCUGGCUUUAUGUCACACACAGCAGUUUGCAAAGAUGGUCAGACUAGCAAAUAAUAUCCUACUAAAAUGUUUGCCAUAUACAUAUAUUUUUCAUUACUACUUUAGUUUUAAAAGGAUUUUAAGAGGUUUCACAAUAACAAAGAAAGAAAAUAUAAUUCAUAAAACCUUUUGUUGCCCAUUGUUUGGGACAUUUUGUGAUGGGUAUUGAAAUGAAAAUUAAGAGCAAAGAAAUGGCAAUUAGCUGCAUGUGCUCUUUUCUUCUUAGAUAUACUGUAUAUGAAAUGUGAAGUUAAAUGUAAACAGCCGUAGUUUGAACAAGGAGACUUACUAAUUUAUAAUCAUUAUUAGUUUACUAAUAUCGAGCCUUCAUGCAUAUUUGCUUAUGUUGAUUUCCUGCAUAACACAAAACACAUCAAUCCCUAUCUCUUGUUGUGAUGUCCUUUCCAACUUGUCUUAUUAAGAUUUUCCACAAUAUAUUACUGACAAAACAUUACAAUCAUCAUUAGGAAACGUUUCUUGGCCUUCUAAGCUAUAAUCUUGUCUAACAGUAUAUUUUGCAUGCACUUCAGAAGGUCUGUUGCUACUGAUUUGUUUUUUUUUGUUUUUUACUUUUUUUUUAAUAUUAUGUAUUACAUAUCUAUAGACUUUUUUACAAUACACUAUAUUCAGAUUUUACAGUUUAUAUGGAUUAUAUGCAGUUGCACUACAUGAAUAUGUGGAUGUUCAGGUUUAAAUUAUAGCUAUAUUUGAAUGUUAAAUAGUAUAAUUUUGGCCUACCAUUAAGCAUAUAGUUGUAAUCUAUGUAUAAAAAUGUAAAAAUGCUUUAGAGCAUUAGAGAGGACCUGUAGUUCCUUACACAAACCACUAGAAGGCUCUUCACUGUGCUAGAAGCCACUGGAUGUACUGGCUUGCAUUUGGUGAAACAGCCAGUUCAGCAUGGACACAGAAAUCCAAAACAAAAAUUUUUGGAACCAAUACUUGUUGAAUGAUGACCUUAUCUGCCAUUAUUACUGGUUGUUUGUUGUUGAACAAGUGAAUUAAUUAAAUUGUUCUUUAAGAUGCAGUGUGCUAUGAACUUUAUGCAACUGGUGUGAAUCGAGUGUCUUAUGACCACAUGAGCGCAGUGUUGCACUGGUUUUAAUAAACCACUUGGAUACCCUGCCUAUACAUUGAGAAUAUAUGCCAUCAAGUCCUACAUUGUGUCAUAAGUUGAUGGAAUAAAUAAU